AUGGGGGAAGGGGAUUCAAGCAGACCCACUCUUUUGAAAAUCCAUCAAAAGACAAGAUUUUUCCCCUCCUUUAACAUACUAGAAACACCCUGUAUUAGGCUUUUGCUAAAGUGUAUUUUGGGAAUUUGGUUGAUUUUGUGGAAUCCAGUUGAAAAUAACUCUGCUAAUGGUGGGUUGACUUCCCAACGUCCUCCGAAUGGGGACGUGGGACACCCGUCCCACCCGAUUGAUGGUGUGGAGGAGACGUCUAUUGAGCAACUUUAUGAAAACGUGUGUGAGAUGCGGAGUUCUGAUCAAUCACCAUCGAGGCCUAGUUUUGGAUCGGAUGGUGAGGAGUCUCGGAUUGAUUCAGAGUUGCGCCAUCUUGUGGGAGGAGAGAUGGUGGAGGUGGAGAUAAUUGAAGAAGAUGAAGAGGUGCAUAAGCCGGAGAAUGUUGAUCAUCAUAGUGAUUCUGGAUCCAAGAAAGAAAGUUUAUCGGCCGGGAAAUUAGAUAAUUCCAUAUCUGCAAGUGAAACUACCCCUUCUUCACAAUCAAGGAAGGCUUCUCAUUUGCAGGUGGAAUCUGAAGUUUCUGCAAAAUUGAGUCCUAAGAGCAGAAAUCCGGAGAAACCUCCGCUGAGUGAGAAUAGUGCUGGAAAAACAAAAAAGAACAAGAAUUCAGCUUUGGGGGGUGUGAAAUUGCAAAAUAGAAUCGAGGAUCCAUCUGAAGCAGGUUCAGACAAUCUGGAUCUUGGUCCAUUUCUGCUCAAACAAGCAAGGGAUUUGAUGUCUUCGGGAGAUAAUCCAAGGAGAGCUCUUGGCUUAGCUCUCCGUGCAGCAAAGUCAUUUGAGAAAUCUGCCAAUGGGAAGCCAAGUUUAGAUGUUGUCAUGUCUUUACACGUCACUGCAGCAAUACACUGUAGCUUAGGCCAGUACACUGAGGCUAUCCCAAUUCUGGAGCAUUCGAUUGAGAUUCCCACGAUUGAGGAAGGCGACAACCAUGCCCUCGCUAAAUUUGCUGGUUAUAUGCAGUUAGGGGAUACCUAUGCCAUGUUGGGGCAACUCGAGAAUUCAAUUUCAAGUUACACGACAGGUUUGGAAGUCCAAAAACAAAUUCUUGGAGAGCUCGAUCCAAGAGUCGGUGAGACGUGUAGGUAUUUGGCUGAAGCUCACAUUCAAGCAAUGCAGUUUGAUGAAGCUCAGAAGCUUUGUCAAAUGGCUCUUGACAUCCACAGAGAGAAUGGUUCACCGGCUUCUCUUGAAGAGGCGGCCGAUAGGAGACUCAUGGGGAUGAUCUCCGAUAGGAGACUCAUGGGGAUGAUUUUUGAGUCGAAGGGAGAUCACGAAACUGCUCUCGAGCAUCUUGUAUUAGCCAGCAUGGCCAUGGUGGCUAACGGGCAGGAAUCCGAGGUGGCGUCUGUUGAUUGCAGCAUUGGGGAUACUUACUUAUCCUUAAACAGGACGGGAAAGUUAAGGGACUCGAGGUCGUACUGUGAGAAUGCUCUUCGAAUUUACGAAAAACCCAUGCCCGGGAUUGCUCCAGAAGAGAUCGCUAGUGGUCUAACCGAUAUAUCUGCUAUUUACGAGUCAAUGAAUGAGCUCGACCAUGCACUUAAGUUGCUGAAGAAGGCACUAAAGAUAUACAGUGAUGCACCUGGUCAGCAAAACACAGUUGCUGGAAUCGAAGCGCAAAUGGGAGUUAUGUAUUAUAUGUUAGGAAACUACUCAGAGUCCUACUCCUCGUUUAAAAGUGCGACUACAAAGCUCCGCGCUAGCGGGGAGAAGAAAUCUGCUAUCUUUGGGAUUGCGCUUAACCAAAUGGGGCUGGCUUGUGUGCAGCGUUAUGCGAUUAAUGAAGCUGUCGAAUUGUUUAAAAGUGCGACUACAAAGCUCCGUGCAAGUGGGGAGAAGAAAUCUGCUUUCUUUGGUAUUGCACUUAACCAAAUGGGGCUAGCUUGUGUGCAGCGUUAUGCGAUUAAUGAAGCUGUCCAAUUGUUUGAAGAAGCAAGGGGCAUACUGGAGCAAGAAUACGGACCAUAUCACCCUGAUACACUUGGUGUAUAUAGUAAUCUUGCUGGCACCUAUGAUGCAAUUGGGAGAUUAGAUGAUGCAAUUGAAAUUCUUGAACUUAUUGUUGGAAUGAGAGAAGAAAAGCUUGGGACAGCAAAUCCAGAUGUGGAAGAUGAGAAGAAGAGGCUGGCCGAGCUAUUAAAGGAGUCGGGCAAAGCUCGGAAUAGGAAAAACCGAUCUCUCGAGACCCUACUCGAUUCAAACCCUAAUACAAACACUAUAAACAACGGUGCCAUUAGAGUGUGA